CGAAGUGUGCGCCAUGAUAUAUCAGGCAUAUUGAAUUCACCUUCAAUUACAUUAGAGGUGAAGGGAAGAUUGGAAGCAACAUUACAUAUGUUGCUGAGUACGUUAUCGUAUUCGCGGUCAGAUGAUGGCGGUCGGCAUACACAACCUAUAAGGAUAGGUUUACUUCUGAAAACUUUUAUUUCGACUCACACCAAGUCAUUAAGUUGUGACAGAAUAGGGUGACUAAAAUGCGUCGCACAAGUGGAUUGUUUAACGUAUUUAAGUGUUCCACCCCACGAUCUCUUUCUCUAUCCCCUCGAAAAAGACUGUACCUAUCAAUCCGAAAGCUAUCAUCCGUAAUAUCACUAGAGCAACAGGCUUCAGUGAUCAUGAUGAAUGACGGAUUGCAUAUAGAGGCUAACGUACAUAAUGCUAAGUGUUUGUUAAGAACUGAUCUAGCAUUUAUGAGGAUGACGGGUAGACCUUGACUACGUGGUUUAGUGCAUGGACGAUAUCGUAGUGAAAUACUUUAUGAUUAUCGCCUGAACACGUGCAGUCGUUAUCGGACUCAUUACUUACUACCUUUUGAUCACUGGAGACGUUUUCUUCAAGCUGAUACUUAGGGAUGGGUUGUGAAAAGUCACUCGUGCGUAGUUGGUCGUUUAGAUAUUGCGUGCUAUUAGAGAUACUAGUAUGAAAAUCUGGAUUAUUACUGUUGGUAUUAGGUGUGUAUGAGGUGUUUGCUAUCUGCCGGGGAAGAAGCAGUUUCCCUGUUGUAAGCUCUUCGCCAUGCCAGCAAUGAAUUGGUCUGAUAUCAAGUUAUUUUUCAUUAUUCGCGUAAGUCUCUGAAGAAUUUCGGUUAUUCAUUCUCCUCAAACUGAGCACAAUAAGACAGUGUAAUAGAUUUAUUCUUAUUUGCCUUAGAAUUUUUACUGCCAUUUAUUAGUCUCAAACGAAACUCUAAGUAUCGUCUCAUCAGCUGUUUUGAUGACUAAAGCUUUCUGUGUAACACAUUAGGAGAAUGAUGUCAAAACACUGAACCCUCAGACCACUGAAGGUGCUCUUGCCACUCACACUUUGGGGUAGUGGAAUCAUUCAAAGUGAAGUGUUGUUUGGAGACCUCGGGACUACAGGUGUGACCACUGUUGUGAGAUUUGAACUGGAUAUUACAGUCUUCCCACAAGUCGUACAUUUGCUCCUUGUAUUCUGCUAAAUGAUGGUGGAAUAUACACAACGAUAAAAACGAAACUUAUACGACUACAUUUCGAUGGUAAAAUACCAAGAUAUAUCACCUGCUAAAAUUUCAUUUUGAGUUUCUCAUUCUGUACAUGAGGCCUCCAUAUUAUAUCGGUGUAUAAAUAAUGAACGCGACAACGCUAUCAGCAAUUAUUUAUCUGCCCACAAAUGACUUAUUUUGGUGAGCGAUUGCACCACGAAUAUCCAAUUCACUGGGUUUCUAACGUUUUUGCUUGGUCUUUCUACAUCAAGAAAAAAUAUAUUGUUACUCUUUCCUCGAGUGGAUUUUCACCCUCUCUAUCUGUGCGAUAUUGGGUUUGCACUAAAUAACGACUUUUUAAAAAGAUGGUGGAGAUCACCGUUAAUCAUCUUGAGCAUUUUUCCAUUUCUUUGUUCGACAGAAGCUGUUAUGAACGGAAUACCCAACUACUAAUUCUGAAAAUUGCCGAACUAUUGGUUUGAACUCUUGCUUCGGUGUUUCAGAGGUAGAAUGCCCUUUGGAAAAUCAUGCGGUCGAGAUGUCAAUCACAGGCCAAUACAUCCUUAAACCUUGCUUGCACUCAAGUGUUGCGCGCGACGUCAGCAAUCUCACCCAAUGCUACUGGAACACUAAAGCUCAAAGAUUUUACAUAGAAAGUUUCUUGAAUCACGGAAAACGUUUUCGGAAGAUAAAUCAUGGAGAAAAUGCUUUGCCCUAAUCGUUUCUUCCACAGCAACAUAUCAAUUAGUAGAAUCUACAGUGAUCCACUUUAUUCUUAAAUAUUUUGGUAGUAUUCACGAUCAUACCUACAUAUUGUCAGGAUUUAAAGCAUUUUUUACGUUUUAACGGUACUAAAAGUUGAAUCUGAAGACUAAAACCUCAAAUUAGCACAUGUACUAUUGCGUAGGGGAUUUGUUUUAAAUGGCUGAAUGUGUUUACAGUAUUUAGGAGAAAAUUUGAAAAUAACAACGUAUGGUCUGGCUGAUCAGAAGGAAAGAUGGAGUCUCACCAAUAUUUCCGCUCCGGGGUUGUUUCUGUCUGGAUAAUCGUCUGGGAUGCUUUAUUUCAACCAUAACUACUGCAGUCACUUCAGCCAUCUCUUGGAUUUUUGUGAUUAUGGACUUAAUAUCAUGGGCGAUUCCGGAUUUUAUUAUAGACCCACAAUUUCCUACUUACUGGCGCAUCCGCUUUUGGAAAGGUUUGUGUCUGUAGGAUAAACUUAUUAAACAAAUUUAGGUUUUAUAUUAUGUGACAUUGUCAUGUUUUUCUCGAACUUGAUUCUUUUAAUCAUGUCUGUCAUCGUGAUUGUUGCUAUAUCUUGGCCGACUAGAUAUAGGCUUUAUCACUUAAAGUCAUAUCUUCGGGCUUGGUGUGUAAUUAUGCUACUUUACCAAAUUACUAACCUUGGAGUCGGUGUUUAUACAUAUUCGUGGUAUGGAUUAGCUGCGUGGGUUGGCUUUUUAAUCAUUGGAUAUUCAUAUUAUUCCGAAAUUAGAUUAACGCUGUUUGGGGAAGGCGACCCUGAAGUUUUGCAAGAGAUCAACUUUCUAGGUGGAGCUGCGAGUUCAUUGUCACCACAGAACUACAUAUUUCCACAAAACCAGAAACACUAAUAUGAUGUUUCAUGUAUAGGUCAAUCUUCUUAUAUAAUAUUAU